AUGUUCGAAGACAUUGUUGCUGCAACAAACAGUUUCCAUGACACAAACGUACUUGGAAAAGGAGGUUUUGGCAAAGUCUAUAAGGGAAUACUAGAAGAUGGAAAGGAAGUUGCUGUUAAAAGGCUUAGCAAGGGUUCUGAUCAGGGGAUAGAGCAUUUUAGAAAUGAAGUGGUUCUUAUUGCCAAAUUGCAGCACAAGAAUCUAGUUAGACUUCUUGGCUGUUGUAUUCAUGAGGAUGAGAAGUUGCUUAUUUAUGAAUACUUACCCAACAAAAGCCUGGACCAGUUUCUUUUUGAUAUUGCAAGGAAGUUUAUGCUUGAUUGGCCAAAGAGGUUCAACAUAAUCAAAGGGGUAGCUAGAGGACUUAUGUAUCUCCACCAAGAUUCGAGAACGACUAUAAUCCAUAGAGACCUCAAGCCAAGCAACAUCCUGCUAGACGUGGAGAUGAACCCAAAAAUAUCAUAUUUUGGAAUGGCAAGGAUCUUUGGGGGCAACGAACAACAAGAAAGUACCAGACGAGUUGUUGGCAUGUAG